AUGGCCCUCGCCGACCAUGACCCUCUCCUCCUCCUGCGGCAGGCCAUCUCCGCCGGCAACCCCUUCAUCCCCAGCCCGUCCGACGACCCGGGCGCCGCCGAGGCGCCCCUCGCCGACGCCUCGCACCUGCAGUUCACGAGCCAGGGCACCGCGCUGCCCCUCGACGCGCCCACGCGCUUCAUCUCCAAUGACAAGCCCGUCGACCUGCGCAGCAUCUACUUUGCGUGGCUGAACCGCGAGCUCGCCAUCCCUGAGUACAACGCCUCGGCGACCACCCUCAACGAGCAGCUUGCCGCCGCGGGCUCCCCCGGCAAGGUCCAGAACCUGGGCUUCAUCGAGCGCCUCGAUCUCAUCACCUGGCUUGAGGGGGCCAGCGAGGAGAGCGAAUACAUUAAGCCGCUCGCUGGUGAUGCAGAGGCUGCGGCCGCGGCUGCGGCUGGUGCUGCGCCGGCAGCCAAGCCUGGUGCGGCCGCCGCCGCCGCGAAAGCCAGGGCCGGCAAGGGAAGUUUGGAUCCGCGGCUGGCGAGUGUGUACGAUGGCGAGCGUCGCAUGGGCGAUCGUAACACUGUCCUGAGAGGCAUCAAGCCUACAGAUUUUUCACAUGUACGAAAGCUCGCCGUGCCCUUUAUCCAGCGAAAAUCGUCGUCCGCUCCCAUCGUGCCCAACAACGCAUCCCACGUCACCGAUCAGAAGAAGCCCGCGCGGCGCCCCGACCCCAUCAUCCUGCUGUCGCCCUCGGCAUCGGCCCUCCUCCGCAUGUCCAACGCCCGCUCGUUCCUCGAGGACGGCAAGUUCGUGCCGCCCGACGCGGCGGCCACGGCGGCCAGCAUGCUGCACGUGCAGCGCACGAUGCGGGGCAUCGACCCGAACCGCCCCAUGCGCUUCAUCCUGGUCGAGGGCUCGGAGCAGUUCAAGCCCGAGUACUGGAACCGCAUCGUCGCCGUCUUCACCACGGGCCAGACGUGGCAGUUCAAGAACUACAAGUGGAGCAACCCCAACGACCUGUUCAAGCACACGCUGGGCAUCUUCGUCGGCUGGCGCGGCGAGCAGGCGCCCGACAACGUGCGCAGCUGGGGACACCGCGUGCUGUCCACGGGCGUGGACCGCUGGAGGGGCGGCGAUGGCCAGGACGCGUCGCGCUUCAGAGAUAAGGAGGUCGUGGAGCAGAUCUGGAAGGCCAUCGAGGCGAACAUGCGCAGCAAGGGCUGGAGGGCAAACGCCGCGCCCACGUCUAUAUGA